AUGAACACCUUUCACUCUCCUAAUUUCUCCUCCCGGGUCCAAGAACUGAUGCAGCAGCAUCAUGUUCCCGGCAUCUCUAUUGCACUCAUACACGAUGACAAAGUAGCCUCAGCGGGAUAUGGCCAUGCAUCCCUGGACCCGCCAACAGCAUGCACUGCGGAUACACUAUUUGAUAUUGCAUCUUCCUCCAAAUCGUUGACCGCUGCGUCUGUGGCGUUGCUCAUCGACGAUGGGGAAAGAUACCCGGAAGUUCAAUGGGACGCCCUCAUGUCCAGUCUCCUACCGGACGACUUUGUGAUGUCUUCAGAGGAAUACACUGGCGGAGUAACCGUGGAGGAUAUAUUGAGCCACCGGAGCGGACUGCCCGGCCACGAUGACUCGUACAUGGGCAUCCGGGCUGCACAGCCAGACGAUGCACGAUCCAUCACCAGAAACCUUCGCAACUUGCCGGUGGCAGCGCCCAUUCGAUCGAAAUACAUGUACUGCAACAUGAUGUACACUGUCGCCACGCAUCUUGUCGAGUCUAAGAGCGGAGAGCGAUUCCCGGACUAUCUGGAGCACCACUUCUUCCAACCGUUGGAGAUGAAUUCCACAAACCUCCAGCCUUCACGCGCCUGCCAUAAGGGUCUAGGUGAUCGCCUCGCCAUGGGGCACUCCUGGGACGAUGAGACAAGCACAUACCGAAGCUUUCCGGCGACGGACUGUCCGGAAGGACAAGGAGCGGGUUCGAUCAUCACCAGUGCAAAUGACUAUAUCAAAUGGGUGAAAGCAAUGCUGUACAAGGAGGGCCCGAUCACCGAGGCGAUGUACAGCGGCGUCACUAAACCACGCACGAUUCAAGACCCAGAUGGGAAGAACAUGGAGCCAUUUAGCUCGCCCAUUCUAUACGCCGCGGGCUGGGAGGUGUUUUACUAUCGCGGCUACGCGGUCAUCGGACACGAUGGAUCUGUUCCUGGAUUCGGCAGCCGGCACUUCUUCCUGCCGGAGUUCAACUUCGGUGCCGUCGUUCUGGGGAAUUCGGAUUCCGCCGCGUUGGUGACUAGUAUCAUUGCGCGGGAGCUGAUCGACGAGCUGCUUGGCGUGCCGGCAACUGAGCGUCCGGAUUGGAACGAGACCAUAUCGCGAAACGCCGAGGAGAACCCGGAUGAAGAAGAGGAAUUCCGGCAGCAGCUGUGUCCUGGGAUCCAACAGGCGGAGCCACAGACUCUGUCCCUCGCGGCUUACACAGGGGAAUACUCACACCCUGGGUACCAUACCUUGAAGGUCGAAGUCACAGAGGAAGAGCUGUUCAUCGACGCAAUGGAUCGGUCGUUUGGGUUCACCAUGACAUUCGAUCAUGUGUGCCAGCAGACAAAGUUCAUUGCGCACUUGCAUGAUCCUUUAGGCGGGGAGGAUAUUCCGCUUAAGGUCGAGUUCAAACUUGAAGGGGACAAGGCUGUGCGCAUGGGCGUGCACUUCGAGGUAGACUUGGAGGAUUAUAUCUGGUUUGACAAGGUAUAA